CCAAAAAAAAAAAAAGAAAAAGCGGGAAGAGCCCAACAACGCGCUGCUGGACUUACUGGCAUCCAAAAAAAGGAAGCUCAUGCAAAAAGGGCAUGAGCAGCAAAAUAGCCAACUGACUGCAGCCCAGGAAGAAGUGGCCCGCCUCAGCGCUACAGUGAGGCAGCAGGAAGUGGAGCUGAAAGAGCUGAGAGCUCUCAAUAGGGAUCUGCAACGAAAGCUUAUAGACUCAUUGGAUUCCAGGCAAGCCAAUUCAUCACAGGCACUGCCACCUGCCUUGCCAGCAGCGUUGUCACCGCCACAUAUCGCUGAACCAUUGCCGCAAAAGCUGGAGGUCCCCGACACAGCUGACAUUGGGAACGGAUUGAGGAUCACAACAUCAGCAUGGCAGCGUAUUCAAACCAAUCCAAAAGACUCUCUAUUUGUAAAAGACCUCAUGACGGCAGUGUGGAGCCCCACCGAGUUACUUGGACGGUCUCUGCAAGGGAAGCAUUGUCCACGCUUCCCUGACCGUCCAAGGAAGGAACCACUGUCGCCCUGGAAAGUGUCAGCGAUACGUGAAUGCUACAAGCAGCGAUUGGAAAAGAAGGGGCUGGUGCCCGAGAUGAUGCCAGGGGCAUUAAAGCAAAUGAAUAGAUUCAUGGUGGAAAAGCUGAGCGAUAUUGAAAGAAUGACCAAAAGAGCAACCAAGGAGCUGCCGUGAUGUUUGCAGAACUUCCCGGAGAACUUACAGCAUUAAUCAGUCUUAAUAAAGUCCUUUUUUGUGUAUCUUAAA